UUACAAUAUAUUUCAUAUUCGUAUCCAAGCGUCUAAAGAUUUGUCAACAAAUAUGUCUGCCAAAUUUGAAAAAAUCCCAUCUUAUUUUUAAGAAUUUGUUAAAGAUUUAUCGUUUGUAGCAAUGUCAAAGAAGCAGGUCUGGUUUACCCUGCCAGCUGAGUUUUCCCCGGCUGACAGUGAAACAGGCAGUGAAACUAGUCAACGAUUUACUUGGCACGAGUUUACAAGCCAGAGUCUGGUAGAGUGUUCCGAGUUUUCUGAAGAUUUUGAUCUGUCGCAGUACAAUAGUCCUCCGACAUCUUUACUCUCUGGCCAGGAACUAUCCCAAUAUUCUCUACGUCCAAGUAUGGAGGCAAAUCCAAAUAGUGAGACUGUGUCGACCAAUGAGAGUCAGGAUAUAUCAACAUCACAUCAAGAAUCCACCAUGUCAGACGGUCAGUAUGGUUAUGACGACAAUAAUUCAACAUCGUCUGUACAUGAUAGUCCUCAUGAUGAAGCCGUAAGCUCUGCCAUUAUGGAAGUUUCAGGGGAGCUAAUGCUGGGAAAAUUCUCCUCUCACAGACAUGGAUCAGGGGGAAGUGAGAGUUCUGAACUAUCAGAUGAUGAUGUAAGACGACCACCAUCAGGUGGCGCCAUUGCAAAAUAUCCAGAAUCGUCAACUGGUUUGUCUGAUAAUGACUGGAAUCCAUAUGCCACAGAAUCUGAUACAAAUCAAACACCCAGGUCACCUCGAUCCACUGCUAGUGAUGACCAGAAUCGUAUAGGAUUUGUGUCUAAAGCUACUUUUAGUAUUGCGCAACCUAAAGAUUCUACAGCUACUGUUUCCAUGACAACAGGGGAGGUUACUGUUGGAGAUGUUAAACCAGAAAGAGUUGUCCUAUCUGAAAGUGAUGGAAGGGUGUCUGAUGAUCAAGUACGAAAUGGAAAAGCAAAUUCAGAGAGAUUGGAUAUUUUAAGAUACGUCAUGGAUAAUGAAGUAAAACAAGGUGAUGAUGUAAGGAAAGAUGUUAGGUCACCCGAGAAUGAUGUAAGGAGGGAAUCACCAGAUACUGCUAGAAGUGGCUACACUGAGGGAAGUAGAUCUGGUAGGCUAUCAACUGAGUCUGGUCAAAGUUUAGACACUCUUAGAAGAGAAUCCAGUGAAUCAGCAAGGAGUUUACAGAGUGGUAGAAGUUCACGAUCAGAUCUAGACAAAAGUGGGGACAGUGCUUUCUCAGGCAGACAGUCUGCAGAUUCUCAAUACAGUGCACAAUCUGGUAGAUCUAGAACCAGUCAAAGAUCUACAGCUAGAUCUGCAGGGAGUGAUAGAUCUGAAAGGUUAGACAGAUUAAGUGAUGCUGCAGGUGAUAACAUAAAAGAAUUGAUGCAGUUUGAAUCUGCCCAGAGAGCUGGUAUAGGAACUGAAAGAAAAGAGAAUACACAACCAGCUGAGAACACUCAGUCAAGAGAUCGAAGAGAUAAUUCUGGUGAUUCUAUAGUAAGGACAAGACUAACAGCUAGACUUGAGCCCUAUACAUCACCAGUGAGGUCAUCAAAGUCUCCUGAACUUAGCUCAAAUGUAGCAGGUAGCAGUGGAUACAUAAGCGUGGCUGAGAGAGAAAGGUUACUGUCAGAUAGUCCAGAUACCAGCCAGAGGCAUGUAAGAGAUGAAGAGAAGGUAGAGACAAGGUUCGAUCAUAAAGGAGAGCAAGAACUUGAAAAGAACAAGCCAUCCCAAAGAAGCAGUCUUCCUGAUAGGUCUCCAAGUGACAUUUCAAUGAAGAGAGUUGCAAGUCUUUUUGAAGAGACCAAGAGACAAGUAAGAGAAGCUGUAGCCAUAUCCAGACCUGAUCCAUCUGGUAGUGAGGAGAGAUUUCCCUUACAUGAACGACUGACAUGGUCUGGACAUGAAGAUUCAUUCAGAUCUCAAGCGAAGAAUGAGAUGGUGCAAAAAAGUAAUAAUGCUCUAUCAAGAGAUCCUGAUGUAGUGAGAUCCCUGACAAGUGAAGAGGUAGCUAGAGUUCUUGGGAAGUAUGAUGAUGAUGAAACAGGUAGGAUUGGCAGAAGUGAUGAUAAAAGAAGCAAGGCUGAUGAUGACGUUAAAGUGUCUGCUUUUGAUAGAGUCGAAGAUGACAAAAUGGAAUUCAGUGGGGACAUUCUAAGAAGAAGUGGGCGGUCCUAUGAUACUCAUAAUGCCCCUAAAACAGAGGAAGUUUCAGAUGAUGAAAUAUCAAGGAGAGUGAAAGCUUUACUUUCAGAGACAGAUCAUCUUGGUUUAUCAAGAGAAAAAGGUUAUAAUGGGAGAAACCAGGAGUACAUUCCUAGAACAAUUGACUAUACUAGACUUCAGAAAGACUUACAAGAAAUUCAGGACAGUUUACAUGAUGUACCAGCACCUGUAGCCAAUGACAGUAUUUAUGUUCAAAGAAAAAAUCUGAGAGAAAGCUUGCCUGGUCAAACAGAUGACAUUGCAAGAGAUGAGCUAAGAUCUCUUGAAACAACUGGUACUACAACUUGUGGCCGUGAGAGUGGAGUCAGUGAGUAUGGAAGAAAAUUGGUAUGGGAUCAUGGAGCUGAUUUAGAAUAUGAUGAAGGGUAUGGUGGUCAGUUUAUUGGAACCAUGACCACUACAGAUACAUUAUCUACCAAACUAAGAGGUACUGGGGACUCAGACACAUUGGUUGUAAGACCUGACUCUGUUGCCACAAAUGACACAGACUUUGAUGCCCCAGAUCUGGAAGGAACUAAAACACUGACUGGCUCUGAUAUAACAAGAGCAGAGAAACUUGUUGAGCAGGUAAUGAGUAGAAGACCUGAAGGAGAUCUCAAAGAAUCUGUGGAGGAUAUUAUUGCAAGAUACAGGAACGAAAGGAGGGACUUAUUUGAUAGACUGCAAGAACCAGUCGUCCCUAAAGUUACUGAGGAUAUCCCUGAAGUAAAUAAACCUGUAGCUAGGACAGAAAGACCUUUACUGAAAGACCCUGCAUUGGAAAUACCGGUCUCGCAUCAAAAUGGCAUUUCAAACAGACAAAUAAAUGGCACAAAAGAGCCAGGCCUUGCAGAAAGAGUUUUUAAAAUUCUAACAUCAGAGCAAGGAGAUGGUGACCAUCUUGGUAACACUGAAGAAAAGGGAAUGGCAAAGAAGGUUUAUAAAAUUCUUGCAAGUGAUCGUCCACAUGAACAAGUGAAUGGAAUAUUGACAGAAACAAUGGCAAGUGAGCAUGAAAUGCUACAAAAACUAGUCGCGAAACCAAAAGAUGAUUCUAGUUUGGAUGAUAGUGGUCUAAAUGGCACCUCUGAAAGUAUUGAUAUGGAGGAUAGGGACAUAAGAAAACAGUUGGAAUAUUCAAUGUUAAGUUCUCCAGGAAAAGGGGAAAGAACAGACUUAGCUGCUCUGAGGGAGGCUACCGCAGCACCCUACUCUGCCUUAAGUAAUGCAAAAUCUCUUCUGUCAACUCAGUUGAAGAAGAUGUCAGAGAGGAAUUUUGAUAAAAGUAUUGAACUGAGAACACCAUAUCGACAAGCUAUUGACUGUUAUCCAGUGUAUGGGGUUGAUAGAGUACCGCAACCUGAGUCUGAGCCAAGGGAGGCUUGGAUGCCUGGAAGGAGGUCAGUUGAAAGGUCAAGGCAACCAGAUGCUGUCUCAACAGAAGCAUGGAUACCAGUAAAGAGGUCGGCAGGAUCGAGUAGCUCAGCUGACAGAGAUAGGGCAUUAGCAAGAUUUGGUGAAGGUCACACAAGGUCAAGGUCAGAGGAGGCAGCCAAUGUGAGUGACCUUAGUCAGUACAGCUUCGUAGAACCUGCUUAUAGUCCAACUGACAGACGAAUGGCACAAUCACCUAGCAGUUUAAGACCAGUUGUCAUGGGAACGCCACAGCAACAUAGACCUCAAGAGUGGUCUUUUGAGUGUUACACCAGCGUUAGUGAUUCUAGCGAUCCACAUCGUCAAAGUGACAGUAGUGGUGGUAAUAUGUGGCGUUACUAUGGCUACCAGUUACAUGAUGUUGCUAGGGAACCAGAAAAUGACCUUUAUUCGCGAAAAACUCCGCCAGAUAUGAACCUAAAAAGAAGUCAGUCAAUGACCAAUGAUAAAAAACAUAAAGACCUUGAAUAUGAGAGCCCAGUUAAAAGUCAGAAGUUCUCUCGACUCAGCAGAUCUAGGGAAAAGAAGCCUAGAGGUUCAAAGGUCAAUUUUCCUAAUGAAGGUCAUAUGUCAAGGUCACUUCCUAAUUAUUAUAUUAAACAAGGUUUUGUAGAGAAGGUACCCAUCUCAACUGAUGAUGUUUAUGAAUUGUUAACAAGAAGCCAGGCUCAAGAAGCCAAAUUAGCAGAAUUACAGCAGCAGUUGCUACGGCAACAACAAGAAAGUUCCCAGAAUUCCUCCUCUUCAUGUAGUAGUUUUCAAUCUCCAGCAAGGGAGAGUGGUAAAAUAGGUAGCUAUGGUGACAAAGCAUAUCCACAAAUAAACAAACAAGAACAUGAUUCGCAACAUAGAAUGUUGAUUAAGACAGGAAAUAAAAGAGAUAGUUCCCCAUCCCCGACAGAAUCUGACACUAGUGGAUCAAGGAGAGGUACCAAACUUAGACCUUACAGGAUAUAUUACAGCAGUAAAAGACCUGCGGGAACACGUGACGUAUAUUAUACAGAGAGCGGGGACGAUGUUAAUGAAAGUGGAACAACCAUAGAGAGUUCACAUCCAGGAUCUGAUGAUGCUGCUCCACCCUACAUUCCGAGUCAGUAUCUCGGAUCCCGCAGAGACGAACCUUCCAAACAUCCUGUUGGUAUCUAUGGUAACAAGGAGAAAGAUGCCCUGUCAACGAUUGAUGAAAACUCAGUUAAGGAUGACAAAGAGAAAGCACUAACAGCCAGUGGUGGCAGUGGUAAGCUGGGAACCAAUAGUGAUAAACACAGUGCAGUCACAGCUGACACCGGGUACCAGACAGGGACAGUGAGGUCAAGGUCACCAGCAAGUCUGAAAGAUGACCAUGAGCUCUACAGUAAAGGUCAGUCUGCAAGAGGACUGGAGAGGCCUGGGUUUAAGACUAGAGAGGAAUUCCAGAAAGAUUUUGAAAGAAGAGAAAGGGAGUUAAAGGAGGUGUUAUCGAAGCAUACUAGAGUGGAAGCACCGAGGGACUCUCUUGGUACAAGUACCAGGUCAGAUCCUGGGGAGUCGGGAAACAACCCAGGGAGCAGGUGGGAGUACCGUCAGUCAGACCAGAAUGAGUUCCAUACACUCGAACCAGAACCCGCUUACUCAGAAGAAAGACUACGUUACAGUCGAUCCAAAUCUGAAACGGAUCUAGUAGCAAUUCCAACAGAGGGUGACCAGAGAUAUUCUUCUCCAAUGCAACCUGGUGUGAAGUUUUUAGAGUUCUCUACCCAUCAGUCUCCUAUAUUUGCCCAUCAUGACUCCAUAACGUACCAAGCAAGAGGAGCCCCAGGUGGUGUACCACCGGAUCUCCCCAGGGUACCAGCAGAGAGAGAGCUGAGGCAACCCCCACCCCCGCAAGAACUGCCCAAGGUCUAUGACAGGAGACCGGUCUUAGAUGCAGGAGAUGACAUUAAAACCUCUGUUGACCCACCUAGCUAUCCAUUACGACCUCUAGAACCAGUUGAACCUCCUGUACGACCUUUAGAGGCAGGGUCAAGGUCAACUGUUCCCAGAUCAGUUGAUGCCCUUGGUCCAGUUGACCUUGGAGCUGACCCUAGGAAAAUGGGUCACAUGAGGAGGACAGUGACUGAUACAGAUAGAGCAAAGUCUCCACUCAAUGUUAGACAAAAGGAGAUGGAAGUUGAGUUGGAGAAGCUGAACAAGCAGCUGACUGACCAGGUGAACGAAAUUCAGGAAAAGAGACAAGAGGAAAACUUUGAAGACAAUUUCCCACCAAGUAAAAAGGCUCAAGCUCUGAGAGAAGUGCUGGAACAAGAAUACAAUGAUAAAGUUCCUCCCAACAUUAAUGACAUGUGGGCCAGGUUUAAAGAACGUAAGGAACAGUCCAUGUCAGAGAGCAGUUUGAAUAGUACACGCCUGGACGCCUUGUCCGGACUGUUACAUAACCCCACUCAUCAUGAAGUGAAUUCAUUUGUUAAAGAGAAGAAAGAAUUAAUCGAUAAACAGAAACAAGAUGAAAUUGAAAGGGCAGAAAUACUGCAUCAGGAAAGGUUACGGGAAAAAGAAAUGGAACGAAAGGUUACUGCUGAGAAAUCUGCUCAGUUAAGGAGUUUGCGGAGACAGGAGAUGAGAAACAGGCAAGGAUUGAGUGAGGAAGAAAGUAACGGAAGUUAUUCAGAAAUUCUGUUGGAAAAUGAAAGAAAAAGAGAAGAAAGGCGGAGGAAGGAUGAAACUAGGAGAGAAAGAAAGGAAAGAAAAGAGGGGAGAGUCAAAUCGCCAAAUAAAUCUCCAAGUAAGUCACCAAGUAAAAAUGUGCCAGAACAAAGAAAUGAGGACAGAAAAAAAGAGAGGAACAGAAAAACUAAAGAUGAAGGGUCUGUGACAGACAUAAGAGCAAGAAAUAGUUCUAACAGGCACAGUGACACCAUGGAUACGCUGUUCUCCAUACCUGAAGAUGCCAGUUUUGAGCAAUCUCCGACAAAAGCAGAGUCUGAGAUGCGAUCAAGACAGAGGAGACACAGGCAUGUUAUUGAUCCUUUGAUGAAGAAAUUACGUGACAAAAUUAAGAUGCAGAGAGUGAAAAUUGAUAAAGAAAGAAGAAAAGAACUGCAGCGUGUUGAGAAACUUAAAAAGUUAGAAAUGUUACUGAAUGCUAAAACAAAAGGAAAACUCUCAGACAAAGCUAUUGAUGUAGAAUUAGGUAAUGUGUCCUCUACAACAAGUGUAAGUCAGACAGAAAGCUCCAGAAUGUCAGAUUCAACUAUAACGGGUUAUUCCACACCUAUUGAUUCCGACUUAUCAUCACAAGGUUCUACAACUCUAAAAGACAGUACGUUAGAUAGUGCUAUCAAAUUACAGGUUAAGAAAUAUCCAAAUGAAGCAUACAGAGGUCAAAGAGCAACGCACUAUGUUGAUUCUGAUACCACUGAGACAUCCGAUUUUAGCAACAUAAUUGUUGAAAGGGUGCCUGAAAGAAAGUCUGAAAAGAAAGUUAAAGAUAAAAAAUCAUCAUCUUCCAAAGGAAAGAAAGUUCGAGUUGAUGAGUACGGUAAUAAAAUCAGAAAAGAUAAGAAAGAUAAGAAAAGAAAGGAUGUAUUUGGUGUACAGUUCACAGAGAAAGACAUUGCGAAUCAGAUAAAGCGUUACGAGAACUACAUGACGCCAGAGCGGGCGAUGAGAAUGAGGGUCGAGAACUAUUUGUCACCACAGAAACAUGGCCGUAUGUGCGAUGCCAGCACUAUGUAUCCUUCACCUAUUACAGUAAGUCCACCAUCACGACGAAGAAUGAGGGAAGUACUGAUGAAGUCAGAAGCUAUCCAAACCAGUCCAGCAUUAAGGUCGUCAAGUCCAUCUCAUGCUUAUGAUGAGGUUCCUGUAGCACCAGUGCCUUAUAUGUCUCAGAAAAACAAUAAAACUUCCAAAAGGAGGCCAUCAAAAUCACCUUCAAGGUCAGUCCAGACUUCAUUUUCAACAUCUCCUCCAAGAAAAACAUCAAGAUCACCUUCUACUAGACAGACUUCAAGGUCUCCUGUUGCGCCUAGGAGAAGAUUUAGCCCACCAAUCACAAGAAGGCAGGCACAGUCUCCAAUUUGGAAGCCAGAGUCAGAAACUGUGCCUCCAGAAAACAGCAUGUUCACACCAGAAGGGGAUGAAAACACUGCUCCCAAUACUAAACAUAAAAAGGAAGCGGAGAGCUGGUUUAUCUCUAUGAAGCCAUCGCAACCAUGGAGACAACCUUUGAAGGAGCGUCAAGCUUUCUCAGCUAGACAAGAGGCUUGGGAACCUAAAUCUGUGUCACAGUCUACAUGGAGAGAUAUUAUCCAUGGUGAUGUCCUAAAAGACAAAGGAGAUCCAAAUGAUAUUUCUAGAGACACAAAGUUUGACCUUGACCCUGAGGGUCAGCCAAUGGGAGAAGAUGACACAUUGACAGAUUCUGAGGAGGAAGUUGAUGUAAUUGGAUCAAAACCACUGAAUAAAAUGUCACUACAGGAAGCGUUUCAAGCAAGAAGGGCGAACACAAUAUCACGGUUACGUGAGAGACAGAAGAGGUUAAACCUAGCUGCAGAACAGAGGAAGAUGGAGGUGUUCCUACAGAUGGAGAGAGACCGACUCUUCCAAGAGGAGAGAAGAAAAGAAGCCAACCCCGAUGCUCAUCCUUAUAGUGAUAACCUCCACAGGCCAACUAGAAGGGUGAUCACCAAGGAAGAAAUGAAGGAAAUGACAAAAAAACGUUACAAAAAGUUACCGGAGGUGUUGGAGCAACAAAAAAUGAAGAAACGUCAGGAUGAAUAUUCGCUCAAUAGAGUUAAAGCUCGCCUAUUCAAUAGGAAAAUACAAAAAAAGGUUCUAGUGAAAGCAGAGAAGUGGGGAAGAUAAACAGAACGGCGCUGGAGUGGAAAUUGAUUUUGUGAUAAAUGUGGGAGUCUUCCUCUUGUUAUUUUGCCUAUAAAUAGAUAUACGCCACUUGUUAAACGUCCUUCUGCAGCUACUCACUGGAAAGGAAAACAAAUACUUUGACCUGAGAUAUUCGACUGCUGGCAAAAAUAAAAAAAAAAUAUUGAUAAAACAAUUUGCUGAGUGGGUAAUUAUUAGAGAUAAAUCAAAACUGCAGUGUAUGAUUUUAUCUUAAGUGUUAAUUGACAAACUAUUGAUUUAAAAAAUAAUUUAAGUUGAAAGUACUUGCCAUUAUUUAGACAAGAUUUUGUAUGUUAACAAAAAUUGAAAGUAUUUUUCUAGACUCAAUGACCUUCAGCUGAAUAGAUACAAGAGCUUUUACCAGAGUCGUUUUUAAAAAUUAUGAAGGUUUUUAAGUAGUUCCAUUGGAAAAUCAAUUAUAAAGCUUUCAAUGUUUAUGAAAGAGAAAUAAAAUUCAAAUUUGUUUAUUAUACACGAAAUGCUGAAGUUUAACAGUAUGAAAUCAGUGACGUGGAAAAUUUGUGAUUUAGUAUUUAUUAUUGUUUCAUAUAAUUUAUGUAUGCCUUAUAUUUUCGUACAAGUUAGGAUAGAUAAAUCAUAUAUGUAUGUACAUGUAUUAAAACUCGUUGAACAAAGCAAGGAAUGCAUGUUUGAUGACAUGUAUACAUCUUCAGUAAUAAAUUAUCAACAAAUUUCUCCCCCACACUACUAUGUUAACAUUCAACUUGUCUUAGCUCCUUUUAGACCAAAGUAGACAAAUUUUUUUUUUAAUUUUCAAAGUACAAAACAUAAAUAACACGUUUUCUCCGGUGUUAAUGUGAUGUAUAAUCAACUUGCCUACAGCAAAUACUGUUAAAACAUCUUCUAGAUUAUGUAGUAAAAAGCAAAUUACAGUAAUUAAUUGAUAAUAAAUAAUGCAUACAAAGUGCAUCACAUAAUUAAUUACAAAUUAAAGUUUCAUUAAAUUGUUUAAAAUUUAAGUUUCAAAUAUUUUAGAUGAAAAAAAACCUGUAUACACAUACAUGGAUUUGUCUGCUGUCAUUUUGGAACAGUUCAUUAUCAAUAGUUAGGUAUAUCAUCGUGAAAUUUUGAUAAUUUGCCAGUUGGCAAUAUAGAACUUUGUCAUAAUGCCCUAUUAUGCAACCUGGCGUAGUUUCAAACUAUAACCAAAAGACUGAAAUUUCAUUAUUGUAACAGUUCAUAAUAAGUAAUCCUUACCUCACUAAAUAGUUAAAAUGGACUUGUUCAUCUUUUAAUAUGGACUAAAUCAUUCCUCAUUUUUAGGGAAAAUUUCAAAAUUUGUACUUUCUGAAUAGCAAACAGUGCAAAUCAUGAUAAGAUAUUAGUUGAUCUUGGUGUGCACUAUUUGCAUAGGUUGAAUCAGUUUGCUGUCAGCAGGCUAUGUAUUUAUGGUCUGUUAAGAAGAAAUUUCUGUGAUAUUAUUUGUUGUGUAUUUAAAUGUCUGUCUCUGUUAUAUUUGUUUGUUUAUUUACAUUGUUUAUGUACGAUUUAGUUGAGUUUCGAACUUUUUUGAGUACAAUGAAUUUUUCUAUAUUUGAAAAACUGUGUAUUUUAUAUGCUGAAAUCGUUGAAUAAUUCAAAUUCUUAAGCAUUAAAAUAUUACUGUAAAGGAAAUUAUGUCAUUUAUUUUUAGACCUUAGAGUGCUAGACCCAUGUGACCAUGUGACCAGACUUGUGGACAUAUAGGUCAAACUGUUUGGACAUAUUGGCCGGACUUUACGGAAUUGGCCGGACAGACUAUAAAGGUGGUCAUUUUUUCAAAGGGUUUAGAUACGCAUUUAGUAUUUAUUUGAGUGUUGAUACAUUAUUUUUGGACUUUUAGAUUGUUCCAGAUUUGAGUGUGUUAAUAUGUAGAUUGUAGAUAUGUGUAUUAGAUAACUUAUUUGUAACAGAGGUGUAAAUUUCAAUAAUAAAUAAAUGUAAAACAAAGGAA